AAUUCCUUUAACUAGGGGUGAGAGGGGCUGGAGGCGAGUCUGUCGACUGGGGUCUAUAGCAGGAAGUCUUGUUUCUUGGCCCUGGCUGCUAACGAUUGCAGAGGGUCUGAAAGGGUUUUCUUGAAGGCAAGGAAACAUGGCUAACUGGCAUGGAGACUUGGUCUCCUGGCAAGGAAAUCUGGUCUCCUGGAGGGCAAACAUGGACAGCUCGCAAGCCCCGAGUGAGGAGCCUACAACACUACAAUUCCCAAUGAAGAUUUUCUCCAUUUCUUUAGAGCGUGUCGUUAAGGCAGUGUGCAUAACCGGCUGCUCCAUAUUGAUUGAUGUCAUGGAGAAGGCCCCUGAAGGUUAUAAGACCUUUGAAGCAUCAGCUUCCACAGGACUUCUGUUUGAUGUGGAAGGAACAAAAUUUAACUUUGGCUUCGCUGGACACCCCAGCAGAUGGUACCUGCAGCCUUCAUGUAUGCUCAAACUACAGGCAGUAAUACCCAGCUCUAAGAUGUUUUCAGAAUGGAUUAGAGUCACCUACUUUAAAUAUGGGGAGGAACGUUCUGACCAUGUGGCUGUGAUGAUAAUCACCUGUAUCUCCCUUUCUCUGUCAGGGGUAAAACGCAGAAAGGAAAAUGAGAGCAACAAAAAAAAGAAAAGAAAAGAAAUAGAAGAGAAGAGAAAAGAGCUGCUUAAGGAAUACGCUCAAAACCCCUGGGAGGGGCCCAUCAUGAUUGUGAACUGUGGAUGUAAGAAUGAAUACCCACCUCGAUUAGAUAAUCGGGAAGAAGAAAUUCUUUAUGAAGAUGAUGUUCGUGGACUGGCAAAAGUAAUGCUGGAUAUAAGUACCCCAUGUAAUUUUUUUGUGGCUCAUCGAUUAGUUAUCAGUUGCUCUCAUCCAGACAGAGUGAGACUCUUUGGACCUGAAGGAUCCCCCAUAAAUACUGGUUACAAGUUGGUACUGGGGCCAAAUAGACCUUCCCAUACCGUUGAUCAACUGAGACACAAAGAAAAGCGGACAUUUUAUGUGGAAGCACUUACCUUUCCAGAUGCUGAUUUCUCUGGGAUGAUUUCUUUCACAGUUACCCUUUUGAAUAUUUACCAUAAGAAAGGACCCGAGUAUCCGAUUCACAAUGUAGGAGAGGCUUUCCGUGUGGCUCCUUGGAUCAUGAUUUCUAACAUUCAACCACCCAAGGAGAUCUUCGUGACCGGCAAACUGAAGAAAUGGCCCUUGCAUCCGUGGAGAUUUUGGAGGGACACCGAAAAUCCAUUGCGUGUCAAGUGGUUAUCGGGGUCAGCGAGGCCGAGGCAGGGCAGAACCAGAAACAGACUUAUACCUGAAUCAUCUUUCUUAAAUGCCCUCUGUCACUUUGCCCAUGAAGCCAAUUGUGAGCUGAUUUUCUGCCCCGAGGACAGGACUCGUCUAGAGACGUGGAUUGGGAAAGAGGUGGCGAUCGGGUAUACCCACAGUCCUCAACUACGGCUUCCUGUUGUCCUCGAUGUCCCUUGGAAUAGGGAUCUCAGCCUCGUGUUCAAAAACCAUCUGAGAGGGAACUUUGGCUAUGUGAUCCAUGAACGGGAAGAUGAUGAUAAUCUGGAUGUCCCUGGGUUCCUGGAAGUCAGCCCACCAGUCAUUGUCCAUGGCAUCGUUUAUCCUUUGGGCAGGAUUCUGAUUGGCGAUGGCAGCUUGCCCAGGGAAAAGAUCCCAGAAGUGAAUCAGAGGUUACGGAGAUUCAUCUAUGCUCAGAAUAUACAAGACCCCUUAGAACUCUUCUCUGAAUGGCUGCUGGAGGGCAAUGUGAAAGAGUUCCUUACCUUCGUCCCUGCCAAUGAUGAAAAGGGCUUCCGGCUACUCCUGGCUAGUCCCAGUGCCUGCUAUGAGCUCUUCAAGAGGGAGCAAAGCCGAGGCAAUGGGAAAGCUUCUGUGUUAGACAAAGUGGACAGAAACCUGCUUUUUUAUACAGAAAGGGUGAAGAUGAGUAUCGAUGACAUCUUGGCUGAUAAAUUCUUGUGGAGGCAGAAUGACUACGUACAGACUUGUAUCACUUGGAACCGAAGGGUGCUAAAGGCAGAACUGGGUCUCUCAGAGAAGGACAUCGUUGAUAUUCCCCAGCUGUUUCGCCUGGGCUGGGUCAAUGAUCCCGCCACCAAACAAGAAGUUCUCCGAGCAGGGCAUCUCUUUCCAAACAUGUUGAAUAUGAUUGUCCUCGGAACUUACCUUGGGAUCCCUAAGCCCUUCGGGCCCGUAAUCAAUGGGGUCUGCUGUGUGGAGAAAACGGUCCGGAACCUGCUGGAGCCAUUGGGCCUGAGCUGUCUGUUCAUUGAGGAGUUCUUUGGUCAUCAAGAAGAUUGGGGGGAUGCCUACUAUUGGAUCAACAUCUCCCGGAAGCCAUUGUCCUACAAAUGGUGGAUACCGAUAACAUGAUGGGUCCUUUCCUGCUCUUUUCUGCUCUCCUCCAGAGUUGGUAACAGGGGCUCUCUUCACCAUCUAGUCUUCAGGGUAAUCCCCCUCUAUAGUAAGGGCCAAGGGCAAAGUCUCUUCUGACGAGGAUCUGUAAUAUGAGGUAGUCUCUACCUUGAGACUCCUUAGAUUGUAGCAUAUUUUGGGCCCUUUGCCCUUCUGGUCUCCUUGUCCUGACCAUUUUAUGGCAGUGAGAGCAGUUAAAUAAUCAAACCCAGACAUGUUUCUUUUGGCUCAGACCCUGGCUGAGAAUUUGAGCAAAUAUCCAAUAAAAUACCUACUUCAUCCAA